GGCGCGCCGCCGCGUCUCCCCGCGCAGCGCCAUGGAGCGGCCGGCGCCCCUGGCCGUGCUCCCCUUCUCGGACCCCGCGCACGCCCUGAGCCUGCUGCGCGGGCUGAGCCAGCUCCGCGCCGAGCGCAAGUUCCUGGACGUGACGCUGGAGGCGGCGGGCGGGCGCGACUUCCCGGCCCACCGCGCCGUGCUGGCGGCCGCCAGCCCCUACUUCCGCGCCAUGUUCGCCGGGCAGCUGCGCGAGAGCCGCGCGGAGCGGGUGCGCCUGCACGGCGUGCCGCCCGACAUGCUGCAGCUGCUGCUGGACUUCAGCUACACCGGCCGCGUGGCGGUGAGCGGCGACAACGCCGAGCCGCUGCUGCGCGCCGCCGACCUGCUGCAGUUCCCGGCCGUCAAGGAGGCGUGCGGCGCCUUCCUGCAGCAGCAGCUCGACCUGGCCAACUGCCUGGACAUGCAGGACUUCGCCGAGGCCUUCAGCUGCGCGGGGCUGGCCAGCGCGGCGCAGCGCUUCAUCCUGCGCCACGUGGGCGAGCUGGGCGCCGAGCAGCUGGAGCGGCUGCCGCUGGCGCGCCUGCUGCGCUACCUGCGCGACGACGGGCUCUGCGUGCCCAAGGAGGAGGCGGCCUACCAGCUGGCGCUGCGCUGGGUGCGCGCCGACCCGCCGCGCCGCGCCGCGCACUGGCCGCAGCUGCUCGAGGCCGUGCGCCUGCCCUUCGUGCGCCGCUUCUACCUGCUGGCGCACGUCGAGGCCGAGCCGCUGGUGGCGCGCUGCCCGCCCUGCCUGCGCCUGCUCCGCGAGGCGCGCGACUUCCAGGCCGCGCGCUUCGACCGCCACGACCGCGGGCCCUGCCCCCGCAUGCGCCCGCGCCCCUCCACCGGCCUCGCCGAGAUCCUCGUGCUCGUGGGCGGCUGCGACCAGGACUGCGACGAGCUGGUCACCGUCGACUGCUACAACCCGCAGACGGGACAGUGGCGCUACCUGGCCGAGUUCCCCGACCACCUGGGCGGCGGCUACAGCAUCGUGGCGCUGGGCAACGACAUCUACGUGACAGGUGGGUCGGACGGCUCCCGGCUCUACGACUGCGUGUGGAGGUACAACUCCAGCGUGAACGAGUGGACGGAGGUGGCCCCCAUGCUGAAGGCCCGGGAGUACCACAGCUCCUCCGUGCUGGACGGGCUGCUGUACGUGGUGGCCGCCGACAGCACGGAGCGCUACGACCACACCGCUGACUCCUGGGAGGCUCUGCAGCCCAUGACCUACCCCAUGGACAACUGCUCCACCACCGCCUGCCGCGGCCGGCUCUACGCCAUCGGCUCGCUGGCCGGCAAGGAGACCAUGGUGAUGCAGUGCUACCACCCGGACACCGACCUGUGGUCGCUGGUGGACUGCGGCCAGCUCCCACCCUGGUCCUUCGCGCCCAAGACUGUGACUCUGAACGGACUGAUGUACUUCGUCAGGGACGAUUCCGCUGAGGUGGACGUGUACAACCCCACGAAGAACGAAUGGGACAAGAUCCCGUCUAUGAAUCAGGUGCACGUAGGGGGCAGCCUGGCCGUGCUGGGCGGGAAACUCUACGUCUCCGGGGGAUACGACAACACGUUUGAACUCUCGGACGUGGUAGAGGCGUAUGACCCAGAGACCCGGGCCUGGAGCGUGGUGGGGCGGCUCCCGGAACCCACCUUCUGGCACGGCAGCGUCAGCAUCUUCCGACAGUUCAUGCCACAGACGCCGGUGGGUGGGCGUGGCUUCGAGCUGGACGGGGGCAGCCGUGACGUGGACGCAGGCCGACAGCGGCCGCUGCACAACCCCGAUGAGCUGCACUAGCCCCGGCCUGGCCAAGGGAGGGCCUGGAUGACGGGGACCCAGCCCCGUGUGGGGCCCAGGACUGCCGACAUGACCGGGUGCGGCCCAGGCUCUAGGGUGCCGUGUGAGCUCCAGCAUCCGUCUGCCGGGCUGCUGUGCCAUCCGAGCCCGCGUCACCGCGGGCCCACGCUGUUUGUGAAGGCCUCCCUCUCCCUUGGUCAAGAAGAGCUGCUUCCCCACGGCCCCGCGGCUCUGGCUCCCAGAGGUCUGUUGCCACCCCUGGGCCUGCCUGCCCCCGCCUGGAGCGGAGGGCAAGGCUCCUCCGGGGCGUAAGGGAUCAGGCGGAUGGCGGAUGGCGGAGGGAAGCCCAGCUCCACGUCCAGCGCUGCGCGUUCCGAGGCCAGCUCCCCUGGCAGAGGAGCGGCUGCCUGCCUAGCAUCUCACCCCGCCAGGAUCCGAGGAUCCGACGAGGCGGGCUUCCUCGAGGUGUGAAGGCAGAGUGCGCUUCAUCCAGAGGACGCAGCCAUGGCACACGCUGGCUACUCCCCGCCUCCCACCGGCCGGUAGAGCGGCCAGCGAUGUGCAGUGUGCGUCGUCACGGCGGGGUUGGAACCCCUCGCUGGGAGGCCUGCAGUUGAAGUUGUGGACCCUGUAAGGAGGUGGGGAGUCGAGGCAGGGACAGGACUUGGUCUGGUUUUCAGAUCCCUGCAGUGCCCUCGCCAGAGCUCUCUGCCCAGUGGGGAAAUUCUUUCCUUUUCCUAGAGACCCAGCCGGUACAGGCGAGGUCGCCCUAGAAGCCUCCCGGCCUUGCCGGGCGCCCGGCGGGGCUGCUGAGCAGCGGGGCUGCCCGGUGCUGUGUUCUGCGCCAUGCGCAGCAGGUGGCGCCAUCGUGGGACGAGGGGGGCGGCCCUGUCUUCUUUGGAUUCCUGGCCAAGUGGACCCCCAAGCGCGUUCACCCGCCCCCCCCCCCCAGCCCGUGGCUGCUACCCGGCUUUGUGCGGGUCUGCUGAGGGCGCAGAGGGUGUGGGUGCCCCGUGGGUUUGCCUCCCCUCCCGUGGCCGGGCCGGGCCCUGAGCCUGUCACACGGCUCGGAACCAGAGGUGUGCACUGGCCCGUCCGCCGGUCACACAGCAGCCAGGUUGUCGGACAGACCGGGGGAGUCUUGCGAGUCCAGCUUUACCAUGAUGGCAGCCCGUGGUCGCGUAGGGGCCUGUGCAGAAGGGACAGCCUGGAGUCUGCAUCCCUCUCUGCCCAGGCUACCACCAGGACCGUCCCCCACACAGCAGGACUCCCCGGCUGGGGGCCUGGCCCCGAUUCUGGGGUCGGCUUCCCUGUCGCUACCACGCACUGGCGUCGGCACCGACCUCGGAGCCGGUGCUGAGGGGGUUUUCAGGUGACCUGCACGGAACCUUUACCUGCCGAGGUAAAUUAUGAAAAUCCAGUAACGAGUAUUUAAUGCCUUUCUGCGAGGCUCUCUGUAUUUAUGACUCCAGAGACUGGUGUCAGGAAGGCACUCCCCCUGUGACCGCCACAAGGGGGCAGGCGUGUGGAUUGGUUUUGGUCUGUUCUGUAGGCUCACGUGCCCAGUGUCCUGUCUCAGGGCGUUAGGAUGCCUUCGAUACUUUUUGAAAUAAAAACAUUUCCUA